UAGUUAAUUAGAUUGCCUGAAAGGGGUCAAGGGUCAUAAUGGGACCACCACCAGUUGUGACAGGAGUCUCUCCAAAAUUUGGAACGCCGCUAACAAAGAUCACAAUUCGUGGAGAAAACCUUGGAACUAGUAAAGCUGAUCUGAUUGGUGUGUUAAUAUGUAAUAAAGAUUGCACACUUACCUCCGAAUGGCAGUCAAAUUCAAAAAUAGUUUGUCGUACUGGUAGCGGUUUCGGUAAAGGAGACAUCAUUGUGUUCACAAAGUCUGGAGGAAAAGGAUCAUCCACUGUAGGGUUUACUGGUCUGCCACCUAAAAAAGUCGGCCCGCUGGAAAAAUCUGCAGUAUGGGUGGAUGAGAGCGAAUAUGUGGACCAACGUCUCGAUAGAAAUCAGAAGCAAACUGCUUUGUCAUUGAGAAGUGACCCAUUGGGGCUUAAUUCUGAUGAUUCUGUAUCCAGGGCACCAAGUAAUAUGAAUCUGCCAGAAAUGUACCCAAAUGGAAGCCCCGAUCCAACUGAUGAAAAUUUUGUGCCGGCUUGGUUCCUUAUUGAGCGACAUUUUACAACAUCGUUUAAAGAGUUAAAAGAAGGUCAUACAUACAUGAAACGGCGAGCGAAUAAAAAUACAAACAAUGCUCCACUGAAUCACGUCAAGGACAGUUUACCGGUAUUUUUUGAAGUGCAAGAGAUGUUGUCAUCAAUUCACCAGAGGAUGAUUAAAGAUGAGGCUGGAAGAAACAAUGAAAACAUCACUGCUAAUCUUGAGAGUCUGUUAGCAGAGGCAAGUGAAAAAGCUGGUUUGUUAUUCACCACUGUACUAAACAGUAAAGACCGAGCUGACUCGAUUCGUAACACUCUUGGAGUUCUCCAACGAUUCAAGUUCUUGUUCUAUCUUCCAUUGAAUAUUCAACGUAAUAUUGAGAAGGGAGAUUACGGCGUCGUCAUCAAUGAUUAUGAAAAAGCAAAAUCACUUUUUGCUGAAACCGACGUCAGUGUGUUCAAACGUAUCUACGCCGAAGUGGAAGACAGGAUUGCUAAAUUUCGUGUGAAACUCCGCAACGAAUUGGUCGAAUUGCCUCUUCCGUUAUAUCGCCAGAAAAGUUUGAUCCGCUAUCUUCUCGAGCUUCAUGAGCAAGGUGACCCAGCGUGGGAUUGUCUCAAUAAUCAACACGAGUGGGUCCAGGGUCAACUACUCAAAUGCAAAGAUAAGUAUUUGCUAAGAGCAAAUAAGGAACACAAUGCAAGCAGUGGAGAUAGUUCUAAAACAACUGAUGUUCCCAGAGAAUUUUUGGAAGAGUUGGCUCAACUUGCUGUAAGUCAGAUUCCAGAACACUGGCACCUAUGGGAGCAAUAUUCCACUGGUAUUAUACUGAGUGAAACUGGUGAAAAAUCCACCGAUGUUGACAGACUUAAACAAAUGGCAUCAAAACAUAGUAAACAAAUGAAAGGCUUGUUGAGAGAUACAAUAAUUCUUUUUGUUAAUCUACUACGAGCUGCGUUCCUUCCUGCCACCUUGAAUUUUGACGAUGCUGAUGAAGAAGACAUGAAAGAAAGAACUUCUUAUGGAAUCUGGCCUAAUGCUCACAUUCCCGCAAACACUUUGGCAGAAUGUGUGAGAACUGCUAGGAAUGUACUGAGAACUCUCUCACAAUUGAAAUUGGCAGAAAACACUCUACAAUCACUGGAAGAUCUGAUUCACGAUAUGAGGGUGUUGUGUUUGAGUUCUUCCAUGCAAGAAGCCAGCAGUUCGAUUUCCUUGUUGAAACGAGAAGAGAAUUGGCAAGUUGAUAAAACCGGUAUCACAUCUUUACCUCCUGCGUUUGAAAAUCUUGUCAGUAAAUUGAUCGUUACGUUACAAGAAACCCUACAAUCGCAAGGCAAAGAGGAAGGUGUAUUCACACGUGAAGCAGUUCAAUCUCGCGUAUGUGAAUUGACGACAUCACUUUUUACAACUUACGUCUCUUGCAUGGAGCAGCUGGCAUUUAACGAUGCCACUUCAAAUGCCUCUGCCACAAGCACCAAUGUCGAGCCACAAAUUGAGAAGCCGGCACUCGAAAAGAGAAUCAUUAUCGUGUUGAGCAAUCUUCGUUACGCUAAAUUGAAAAUAAUGGCACCGAUGUUACAGUGUUUUCAUGAGCUCUCCUUUCCGAAAAUGCAGCAGACAAAGGAACAAGCAGAAAGUGCAUUUGUAGAUUUGGAUGAAAGGCUUUUUGCAUCAUAUCUGGAACACAGAAUCGAGCCACUCAGUGCAACCCUGGAGCCAGGAAUGUAUUCUGGAUAUUUCAGUUGGACAGAUUGCGUUCGACCUUCAGGGGUUCGACCAUAUAUCAAGACGGCGCUGACAGGGAUAAUUACUAUACAUGCUGAAGUUUACACGAUUUCUCCACAACUUGUAAAGAGAAUUAUACAAGAAACUAUCAAGUCUUUAGCCGAAGAACUCCUUCGCCUUAUUCAAUGUGUUCAAAAGUUCAGUGCUAAUGGUUCUCUACAGGCACGACUGGAGAUUCUUGCUCUACAGCAAUCAACAAUAUUAUACGCAACAGAGCAGUCCAAUAAGACAUUUGAAGAUGCUUGUGCUGUUUUGCCACAACUAGGUAGCGGUGCUGAGAAAAAACUAUUGGAAGAAUUGUUGAAUAGAUUCAAGAGUGGAAUGCUGUUCCAUCUGAAGUGCUUGGAAGCUCCUAUAGAUGUAGAGGAUUAUGAAUGAAAAUAUAUCAUGUAAACCACCUGUAUCUGUGCAAUAAUAUAUUGAGGGUUUCAAGACUGAAGGGCGAAUGUUGAAAUUAUCAAGUUUCGCCCUUUCAAGGAGGAGCCCUCGAAUUGUUAUGUCUGUAAAAUGUUGAUUCUUGCUUUGUUAUCCUACAAUAUAUUAUAUUAUCUGGA